GCGUUUUGAAGAGCGUAGCGUUUUAUUCUCUCUCUCACACGCUGGACACCCCACACCUACACCCUCACACACCUACGCUAAUUCAUUUCAUUUUUCUCUUUUUUUUUUUUUUUCUCUCACACACUCGCCGGGCAUUCCCGCCGAUCAAUAAACGACGCAUCCUGCAGACAUUCAUUCGAAGAUCGAUCUUGUAAGUUGCGUGACAUUGUGGCGGAUGCUGGUGGAUUCGUGGCCGUUACAGGCAAGGACGACGGAUCUUGGAUUGAAUCUGGCAUUUUAGGGUUAUGAAGGGGGAGGAAGAGGAGGAGGCAUUGUGAGAUGUGCAGGCCGGAGAGGACCAGCAGCAGCAGCAGCAGCAAUUGCCAAGAUUUGGUGUGGAUGGGUGUGAGGGUGGAGAAGGGAGGGAGAGGCUCUUCUAACGGUUCGUCGUCGUCGGUGGCGGCAGCGUCGAGAUCGAGGAUGAAGAUGUGGAUGAUUAGGGCGACGACGUCGGUGCUUGUGUGGACCUGCGUGGUGCAGUUGACGACGCUGGGUGAGAUGUGGGGUCCAAGAGUCUUGAAGGGUUGGCCUUCUUGUUUCACUCAUGAUUCUUCUUCUUCUUCUGCUGUCAGUGCCCUUGAUUUCGAUUCCCAACUACUUCCGUCUCCGCGUCCCGUUCUUCUCCCUCCCAAGAGAGUUUAUAAGAACAAUGGAUACUUGAUGGUGUCGUGCAAUGGAGGACUCAACCAAAUGAGAGCAGCGAUAUGUGACAUGGUUGCCAUUGCCAGAUAUCUAAAUGUCACGCUUAUCGUCCCUGAACUCGAUAAAACUUCCUUCUGGGCUGACCCCAGUGAGUUCCAAGACAUAUUUGAUGUUGAUCAUUUUAUUACAUCCUUGAGAGAUGAGGUCAGGAUAUUGAAAGAGUUGCCUCCUAGACUCAAGCUGAGAGUGGAAAGAGGAAUGCUUUACACCAUGCCCCCAAUUAGUUGGUCUGACAUUUCUUACUAUAAGAAUCAGAUUCUGCCCCUGAUACAAAAGUACAAAGUUGUGCAUUUAAAUCGAACCGAUGCUAGGCUGGCAAAUAACGGUCAACCUCUGGACCUUCAGAAGCUGCGAUGCCGUGUUAAUUUUAGUGCUCUGAGAUUUACUCCUCAGAUAGAGGAGUUGGGCAGAAAGGUCAUCAAGCUUCUGAGGCAAAAUGGUCCAUUUAUGGUGCUUCAUCUGAGGUAUGAAAUGGAUAUGUUGGCGUUUUCUGGCUGUACUCAAGGUUGCAACAGUGAUGAGGUGGAAGAGUUGACAAGGAUGAGAUAUGCUUAUCCCUGGUGGAAAGAAAAAAUAAUCAACUCUGAUUUGAAAAGAAAAGAUGGCCUAUGCCCUUUGACACCCGAGGAGACUGCUCUAACGCUUAGGGCUCUUGACAUUGAUCGGAACAUUCAAAUCUACAUUGCAGCUGGAGAAAUAUAUGGCGGGGAAAGGAGAAUGGCUAGUCUUGCAAAGGACUACCCAAAAUUGGUCAGGAAGGAAACACUGUUGGAACCAUCUGACCUUCAGUUCUUCCAGAAUCAUUCAUCUCAAAUGGCGGCAUUGGAUUAUCUUGUCUCAUUAGAGAGUGAUAUAUUUGUCCCCACAUACGAUGGAAAUAUGGCCAAAGUAGUUGAGGGCCAUCGCAGAUACCUUGGGUUCAAGAAGACGAUAUUGUUGAACAGAAAGCUCCUAGUUGAUCUGAUAGAUCAGUACCAUAAUGGAGUACUGGACUGGGAUACAUUCUCUUCAGCCGUAAAGAGAGCUCACGCAGAUCGUAUGGGUAGUCCAACCACAAGGUUGGUAAUCCUCGACAAGCCCAAAGAAGAGGAUUAUUUUUAUGCGAACCCACAGGAGUGUUUAGAAUCAUCAGUUGAUCUGCUGAGUAGUACGUAGUAGUAAUGCAUCCAGAAAACGCUGGAAUUCACUUGUGCCAUCACCUCCUGGUGCACAUGGUUCUCUACCACAGAUAGUGAAUUAGUUCUCUACGCAGUUUUAGCAAAGAUGACGGCUUUUGUAUCAAAGAGGCAGUCAUGGUGACUCGAAAAAGAGAGAUGGUUGGGUUUGGGGAAGGGAUCUAUAACAUUCAUGACAGCUCUAGUCAAGGGAAGCAAAGCAAGCCGGGGAAUACUUUAUAUUUUACAUAUGCAAAUAAUCAUCCAUCACAUUCAUGUAUAGAAGCUACCCUGCCAUUACGGGGUGAGAGCAGUUUAUACUGCAUUGUACACGGAGGAAUUGAAUUCAUAUACAAAUUUGGAUUUACUGGAACUGCCGUUCGUGGAAAGCUUAAUACAUUGGUACUUGCCUCUGUUUUUAGGAUAUAAAUAUAUAAGUUUUGUUCCCAUUUUUUUCUUCUUUUUUUUUAUUUUGCUUUUCCCUUUGCCUCCGUUCUCUUUAUCCUGCCAUCAUUCACACUAUAAAAUUUGUUUGUUGAUGUAUUAUUCUCGCUAAUUUGAUAUUCUUUUGUUUUGUCUA